CCUUAAACUAAUGAGUAAGGAAAACAAAGCGAACGGUGAGAGCCGGUCGCAGCGCUUAAAACCGUGCAAACGUUUAAAAUGGCGCAAGAAUUUAUGGAAGGGUAAUAGGCUGGUACGAGUUGAUGACGCUGCUUACUUUUGCAGAACUCUCUUGUGCGGGCCUCCCCAUCCCCCAUUAAUCACCUAACCUUUUAUUUUCACUAAAUCCUCCCAUUUACAAGGGAUUCUUGCUCAUAACAAAGUGAACCCUCUUCCAUAAGAUAAACCAAUUUCAAGCACGGAGCUUUCUCAUCGUUAAUUUUGCAGUGACUUCUCUCAGUCUCUUCCUUUGUACAGAACAAUGGACGAAGCCCAUUCAGUGAAUAGUCCAAGACGAGUUUUAAGCUUCUCAAAGAGAAAGAAGCAAAAGCCCGGUUUCCGGGAUUCAGACAGCAGAAGAUCAUCUCCUUUUAGAGCAUCAGAAGUGCAUGGACCCAAACCCUCAGAGGUGUAUGGUUUUGUUGGGUCUAUUUCGACUGUUGUUGCCACAGUGAUCUUCUUGAUAUGGGCGUAUGUACCGGAUAAACUGUUGGAGUCUAUAGGGAUCCAUUACUACCCAAGUAGGUACUGGGUAUUGGCUAUGCCAACAUAUUUGAUGGUGACUUUAAUGUUAACGUUGGUGUUUUACAUUGGUCUCAACUUCAUUGCUACUCCACCUCCAACCUCUCUCAAUACCUUGUUUGAUGAGUAUAGUAGAGAACCUGGGGAGCUCGAUCCUGGGAUGGAAGAAGGUGAAGACAGGCCUAUAGAUCCAAUUUCUGACAUUGAUAUAACAAGAAUUAAUGAUCUUAUGUUCAAUUCAUGUGAUGUCAAGUGAUGCUAUGUUUUGAGUAAUGAUCCUUUGUUUGAAUUCUAAACCAUCUUCAGCAGUUAAUAUAAUGGAUUAUGUUUGCCCCAAAA